AUGUAUUGCCCGAUUUGCUUAGAUUAUGAUGAUGGAAUAGUUGCCUUUGCAGCAUUGUUGUGUGGCCAUGUAUUCCAUCGAACUUGUAUCUCUUCAUGGUUAUUGACUGGUAGGGAAACAAAAAUCUGUCCGGUAUGUCGAAAAUAUGCUAGUGGCUACUUGAACUUGUAUUUUUUUACCAAAACUAUGCAAACUAAUAGCAGUCCUAUUGGCAAAGAGCCAGUGCAGAAAAAAUCGCCACCAAAACGAAAUAAGAGAAAAUUUUCGACUCGCAAGCGACCAACACAUCAAUAUCAGCUUCGAUCCACUAGCACUGCUACACAAACCAACAAUCGUUAUUGGCUUCGAGUUAGACGUCAUGAAAGUUUAUCUCAUUCAUGCUUUUGA